AUGGCCCCUGCUCUCAUGGAACAUACAAUUGUGAUAAAUGCUAUCUAUGAGGGUUCGCCUUCAUAGCAGUAGGGCGGCAGGAAACCUACCCUGGAGAAAGAUGGGUCAGAGGUUUAUCUGAGGAAGUGGCAGCUGAACUGAGCUCCAAAGGAUGAAUAAAGAGUACUUCAGUCUAAUGGAACAGCUUAUGCCAAGGCUGAAGAAAGGGAGGGAACACAGUAUGCUGAAGGAACCGAAAGAAAGCAGGCAGAGUUGGGCACCAGACCCUGAAGGGCAGAGGCUGGGGUGGCUACUAUUUCAUCAGCUUCUUCCUAAUUUUGUUAAAGACCCUGAAGCAGUAAGCCCAACUCUUAGUUUAAUGGCUGACAAAAAAAAAAAAAAAAUCUUAUAAAACACUUUGUUCCUAAAUAUUCUAAUAUUCCAGUUGUUUCUUUUGAAUUCCUACAUAUUUCACACUUGAAAAGAAAGUGAAGCAAGCAUUGUAUAAUAGCUCCUUUUGUCCUCCUGACCCUAACGUAAGCCUUUCCCUUUGAAAACACAGAACUUAACAUAACUGAAAUUCAAUUCUUGUUUAUCCAGUUAGGCAAUUGAAAGAGUAAAGAACCACAGCAGGCUAAUGUCAAGAAAAGCAAAAAAGAAAACUAUUCAGUCUAUGAGGCUGCAGAUGGAGGGAAGCAGUGAGCAAGGAUUUGUCUGAAGCCUCAAGGGGUCCCAAGACAGCAAAGGCCAGUCGGAAGUGAGGGCAGCGCCUACGACUGACCCAUGCCUUUCUCCGGCACACCUGUUCCUUGGGCCACAGCCCCUAAGGUUAGAUGUGCAAGGACAGGUGAGUGGGCACUCUCACCUCCUUCCAGAGCAGGUCCUCCGCCUUUGGAUUGGUCAUGGGCUGGUGAUGUCUGUCAUUCCCCGCAGGGCAUGCCAGAGGCUCAGAGAGGCUCGGAGUUGCGCAGUGACCGCAGGUGCGUGGGGCUCCCAUCGCCAGGUGACCCCGGCCGGAAUUCUGGUGCGUUGUCCCAGAAUCUCUCCUGUGGUGGGCGCCCCUCUGGCCAAUGCAUCUCAGUCUCAGAUGGCUAAGGCCACUCCCCUUAUCCCGGUGUUGGAACCCUGCACCCUGGGGUCCGGUACUGGGGCUCAUGGCCACAGAAGCAAGCUGGGAGCUCCCCAGUGACGGGAGGAAUUAAGUAAAUGCAUCUUCUUGGGAAGUCUUAAGCUGACUUGUGGCCCAGGUGCCGCUACCAGUGAGCUUCCAGUGGGUGCGGAGGAAACCUUGGCCAAUACCAGUCUCCUUCCCGCCCCCAUGUGUGUUUCUGGGCUUUCCCAUUAUCAAUUAGUUGGAAAUGCACAUAAAUAUGUCCCUGCCUUGCAGUCUGUUCUGAUCUACAGCCUCCUGCUCGGGAGACAGACAGCAGGUAGUGGGGACUCAGCAAAGGUAUUGUACUUCUGCCAAUUACCGGGGUACAUUGUCUGAUGAAAGCUUAUUCACAGGAUGAAGCCAGUGUAUUUGAAUUUUGCGGUGAAAACAGUGGAUUGCACUGAUAAGAGACUGAGGUGCUUCUAAGCUGUGUUUAUUUUGGUUGCUUUUUUGAGUGUCCUCAUUCAGGCUGUGUAGACAAGGAAGGGAAUGCCCGUGGCCUAGCACAGCGCCUGGCACAUAGUAGAUGCCUGGUAAAUACCUGCAUGACUUUAUAACACUCUGCCCAUUCUCCAGAAUUGGAGUCAUCAUUCUCCAGAAUUGGAGUCAUCAUUCUCCCAGGACCUGUACAUCUGGGAUUGUUUCUGCCUAUGUCGGCACUGGCAUCAUUCUUUAAAAUGAGACUUCGAAAAAGAAUCUGAGCUCUUAAGGUUUGUGGAAGAAGUCCUGAGGUUUCCAGUGGUCUCAAAUGCUGAGUAGUGUAUCUUGGCGAGAGGAGACUGAAUAACAGAAUUGUGAGCUGUGUUAAUUUUUACUCUGUAUGCAUGGAAUCUGAUUGUUACUCCCUCUCUUUAUACAUGCGUCUCUUACACGACCCCCAAGACAAAACUAAAAAAUUCUAUAUUGAGAAGUCUGAAGAUGACUGUUUAUUUCUAUUGAGCAGACAGGCAUAUCAAGCAAAUAAAGACAGAAGAACACAUAAUCAAGAGUAUAGUGGGAGAGGGUAAAUGGAUUCUUGUUAAUGAUUCACAGCAACUACACUUACCCUCGCCUGUUACUAGAGAGAAAAUGUCAUCAGAUAACCAGUGGUCAGCAGAUGAGGAUGAGAGCCCAUUGUCCCGGCUGACCAGGAAAUCUAGAGACUCCCCCUUUGUCCCUGUAGGGAUAGCAGGCUUUGUGACUGUGGUGUCCUACGGUCUUUACAAGUUAAAGUACAGAAGAGAUCAGAAAAUGUCCAUUCAUCUUAUUCACAUGAGAGUCGCUGCACAAGGAUUUGUUGUAGGAGCUCUGACUCUAGGUGUUCUCUAUUCCAUGUACAAGGAUUACAUCAAACCUCGAUUCUUCAGUGUGACUAAAAAAUGAAGCUACUGGCUGGAAAAAGACAGACAAGAAGGCUUCUGAAAACUGUUUAUUAGGAGGAAUGAAUUUUUCAUAGUAGCAAAUUACACUGCAAAAGUAUCAGACAGAAUUCUCAUGGCUUUGGUAUACUGUGCCUCAAAGUUUUAAAAAGUUAGCUUCUAAAUCAACAAUCAUAAAUAACUCAGAAAGACCCUUUGUUGGCAUCUUUCAAAACCCAGGACAUGAUUUUCUAACAUUUAGCGUUAUUUCCUACUUAAUGCAAGAAAAUAAUCUAUAUUAUGCCAAACCAAUCUGCAAAGUAGUAGUUAAAUAAUAGCUACAGAAAAACUUUCUAUCUCCAUUUUAAAUGCAAUACUCCAUUCUUAACACUCCAUAUGCUUAAUUCUCCCCAAACAGGGUCAUGUAACUGAGGCUUUCAUAAACUCUUUUUUAGAGUGACCAGCAAUUGUAUCAGAGAAGAAUAGAUAUGUUGUUAUUUAAAGUUUGUCCACCACUCUACUCCUCACUCUAAUAUGGAAACUUGACUAUUUUACUGCAAAGAUAAAUGCUUAACAAUUAAAUAUCUGUGUAUUUUUCUAUUUCUUGAACAGAUUUCUAGGAGUACAAAGGUAAACUGCUACAAAUCCCAUUUCUCCCAGAUGGCAGUACUGUUGCAGGGUGAAAGAAUCUAGUCUGGAAGGACUAUUAUUAACCUGGUAGAACACUGUUCAAAGUAGAUGUUAAACGUUAAGUGUAUCUGUGGCCUCAAACACUUCUCUAACUGUCAUAAAAAAAUAGGAUUCUAAAAAAAGUAACCAGACUUUGCUGAAGUCGGAACUGUCUUGGCUCAGGCUUACUCCCUAAGACUCCAAGCCUACGAAAGAAAUCCAAAAACAUUUUUUCGCUGCAUUGUAAGAUGACCUAUGGUGUUUUCCUCAGUGUCUCCUAUAGGGGAGGAUUAAGCUGACAGGAAGGGGAAGUUCAGUAGUUGGGGAAGGGAAAGAUUUAGGAGUAUCUGAAAAUAUGUCUCCAUUCUAGAUAUUAUCAGGCUGUUCUGUGUAUUAUAUACACUUCUCUCAUUAGCAUAAGUAAUUAUUUUAGAAGUUGCUAUCUGUGCCUAUCCUGAGGCUCUUCAAGUGCCACCAAAAAGUGCAUAUAUUUUGGUCAACGCUGUCCUCUUUGGAAAACAGACAACUGCUUUAUUCCACUGGAGUAAAUAUCUCAGCAGCUGGAUCUAAGAUGUUCCAUGAAGGUCAGGGAAAUUGAGGACAGUUGGCCUAGACACAGUCAUUCCUUCAUGUUGACUGUGCAAUGAAAACAUAUUUCUAAGCAGGCUCCUGGAAAGAUUCCAAUCUCAAUAUAUGCUCAGCAUUAAAACAUUUUAACAGAAGUGUUUAUUUAGAAACUGGCCUAUCUCACAAAGCCAGAUUGGCUCCAGCAUUUUCUAAUCGUACUCUGAAGGAAACAAAAUAAUAUUUUUAUUGCUUGAAAAAAGCAAUGCAAAGCAUUUAUUGAGGGUAGCUAUGCAUGAGAAUCCACAAAUUAUGUUUAAAUUAAGACAUAAAAUUACACUUGGAGAAGGGUUAGGAAGUGUAAAAGAUGCUCAUUUACCCUCUUUAGCUUGGGUAAAGGGGGACAGUCAUUGCAGGAAGACCCUACAAAUAGAUAAUAUACUGUACCUGAAUUUGCAAAAUACUUCCUGGGCAAAGCUUUGUGGGCUUAAUGUUUGAAAUUGAGAAGAAUAUUUUCGUUGGAUACUGUAACCCCUGAUGCCUCACUUGCUAAUGAAACUAUUCCACGUGCCUGGAUAUGCUCUGAUUGCCUUUUAUUAGCGCCCCCACCCCAGUUAUGUAGCAGCAGCUGCUUAAUACCAAUUAUUUACUUGCAUUUUUCUGAUAUUCUGUGCCUAUAUUGUCAGAGCAUCCUAUUACAGACUGACUCCAUAGUGUUAAACCUCAAGAAUUGAGCAUAUGCAACCUAGGUUAAUCUCAAAAUUGAAUAUAUUAAUAUCUACAAUAACCAUAUUUGAUAUGGAAAUCCAGAUCUGUAAACUAUAAAUUAGAAAAUGAUUAAGUGUUCUUAACUUAGUAAAAAAUUUACCCCAGACUCACUCUUGAGACGUCAGUCUCCCCUACUGGUUUUAGUGUGAUUCAAGCUUUACUAUCAAGUUUUCUGGAUAUAAGAGUUGUGUGACCUGAGAGGUAUAUUUGUAAACACUAGUCUGUUCCUAGAAUGGAGAAGAGCUAUAGAAAUUAAGCAAGUACUUAACCUCAGUUUAACCAACCACUUCACUUUUUUAUGAGUUGCAAAAGGACAUUAGGGUCCAUUUUAUUUUUGCCUUUAGUUCCUUUUCCAAAACACCUGAAACUAUCAAUAAACGAAAUUGCCCAGAGAGGGGGUGGGGGAUCCAACAAAUUGGUUCCUCUAGAGUUAUCUUCUUUGGGUAAAAAGAAACCAGAACACUGAAACUCAUUCUAGAGCCUCUUUUCCAAGUGAAAGCUUGUAAGUGAUGUUAACUAGGUCUCAAUUUUAAGAUCAGAAGGACUCUAGCCUGGGUUGCAGGGCUACCGCUCUUACUAUCAGAAGUUUCACAGGCCCCUGAAGUAGACAUGAGGGAAUUUUCAUGUAUCUUUUUACAAAAAGCCUUGCCACGUAGAGGGCCAAGCCAUUAUAAAUGAAAAUAGGCAAUGUCUGAACUAAAAAAAAAAAAAAAUUAAAUACAUCUUAUUGGAAAGUUAAAACUUUU